UUACCUUACCUGUAGAUACAUUACUGAGCUAAACUGCUGUAGUUAUAUUGGUAUAGUUCCCUUUUAGGUCUUCCUCUCCACCAUGGAGAGUAGUCAUGAGAAGCUUUUUAGAAUCUAAGAUCCACCUCUCUCAAGGAAUGUCAUUACAUGUGUGAGUAAAACAAGGGGAGUCUUGGUAAGAAGGAAGUAGUUCCAAAACAGUACCUGCCAGAGAGGAGACAACUGGAAAACUCUCUGUCUUCACAGUUCUUCAUUCUUGCAGAAAGCGAAUACAGGCUUGGACUUCUGUUGCUUUUGGUGUACUGGUCUGUGUUUCCUUUAAAAUUACUUUAUCUGUUAAAUCACUUUAUUUAGGAAAACUUUGCCUUGACAGGGAGGCAACUUAGAAGGUACCAUGAGAAAAAUCCAGUGCAGACUUCUGUUUGAGGUGUGAAACCAUGUACAUCAGAGGCCUGAACAGGGAGUGUCUCAUGGGAUGGAGUUCUGAAUGAGCAUCAACAACCUCUACUCAUUUGUGUUACUGCUGCCUGAGAGUUACAGUGUGAUGUAGCGUCUAAACUAUUUCGAUCCCCUGCUGCCCUGAUCGUCUGCCUCCCUGACUAUGAGGAUAUAGGAGAUUUGCUCCUGAUUAACUGAGUGUAAUUCGUGGCCAAAUCCACUCCAGAAACAGCUUCUUUUUACCACUUAGUGACUCCUGUAAAAGAUCCAGCAUGGAGGGAAAUUUCCUUGCCUUUGAUGACUGACUGAGGAUGAGGCAACACAGAACUGUCACAUGAACAAUGGAAAAGGCACCCCGCUCCCUCCGGUGCGGAGCGGCUAGCGUGGGAAAGCAGACCCUGACAGCUGAACCAGAAUGUGAUGCUUGAAGAACCUUCUGCUCACUUUGUACACGAGGGAUGGAAAUCUCCGAAAUACUCGGGCUCCUGGUAGAGCUCUCAAGUCUGCUAUCCUGUCUCAGAUGUGUGGAGGCUUUCCUGGGAUCCAAGCCCAACCAAAACCAUUUGCAGAGUGCAGUGCCCAGCGUGUGUCCUGUGGGACCUCUUGGCUACUACAAUGGCUCACUGGCGGUCACCGAGGCAGGGGCAGAGUGUCUCAACUGGGCAGAGUUCCCUGAUUAUGUCCAGCAGUACCCAGACCGUGGCCUGGGGGACCACAACUUCUGCAGGAACCCAGACGGGGGAACGACGCCCUGGUGCUUCUACAGGCUCGUGUCAGGGGCCAUCGGCUGGGCCAACUGUGACUGUAACCAAGGUGCUGUGCGGUUGGCUGAAGACAGUAGUGUGGAGCUGUACUUCAAUGGACUCUGGGGUACCAUCUGUGCUGACCACUGGACUGACUGGGAUGCCAGUGUUGUCUGCAGGCAACUAGGUCUCAGUGAGAUCGGCACAGCUGGCAAGAAGAGUCAUUCUGGACCGUGGCCUGUUCCCCUGCACUUGCAGUCAGCAAACUGCCAUGGAGAUGAGGAAGCCCUGCUGCAGUGUGGCUAUCAGGAAGAUCUGUCAGGAGCUUGUAACCAGGGAAGUGCCGUGGUAACUUGUGUUCCUCCAGAAGGUGUAGGUGCCCCACUUCGUAUAGUUGGGGGGAAGGAGAGCUUUGAAGGGAGAGUGGAGGUUUACCAUGAUGGCAAGUGGGGAACCAUCUGUGAUGAUCAAUGGGACGACCGGGAUGCUGAAGUAGUCUGUAGACAGCUGGGACUCAGUGGGACCCCAAAAGCCUUGUCAUGGGCUCACUACGGACAGGGAUCUGGCCCAAUCCUGCUGGAUGAAGUGCAGUGCUCAGGGAAUGAACUCUCCCUUGAUCAGUGCAAGAAGAGUGACUGGGGACAGCAAAACUGUGACCACAUUGAAGACGCUGGAGUCUCCUGUGACCCUUUCACAGAGGGCAUGGUCCGGCUGGCUGGCGGCCGCAGCCCCAGCGAAGGCAGGGUGGAAGUUUACUACAAUGGAGACUGGGGCACAGUGUGCGAUGAUGGCUGGACAGACCUUGCUGCCCAAGUGGUCUGCAGGCAGCUGGGCUUCAGUGGUCCUGCUGCCCUGGCCUCUGAAGGAGACUAUGCUGCUGGCCAAGGCUUCAUCUUACUGGAUGAUGUGGCAUGUGUGGGGACAGAGCUGACUCUCCUGGACUGUCCCCACAGCAACUGGGGGCAGCAUGACUGCUCCCAUGCUGAGGAUCUGGGAGUCCACUGUUCCCCAGAAAGCAACACAGUCAUGGAUGGCAGCCUGGGGCCUCCUGUGCGUCUGGUGGAUGGAGAAAGCACCAAGGAGGGCCGGGUUGAGGUCCUGCUGAAUGGGCAGUGGGGCAGUGUCUGUGAUGAUGACUGGACAGACAGAGAUGCUGCAGUGGUUUGCAGGCAACUGGGAUUCAGUGGGACAGCAAAAGCCAGGGCAAUGGCUUAUUUUGGCGAAGGCCAUGGGCCCAUCCAUCUGGACAACAUAGAAUGCAAUGGCAUGGAGGACAGCCUGGGGCAAUGUGCCAUGCCUGACACCAGGAUUCACAGCUGCUGGCACAGUGAGGAUGCUGGAGUGAUCUGUGACUAUGUGGAAGAAAAGGUCCAAGAUUUCAAGAGAACAGGUCCAGAGUCUAGUGUGUGUGGGAUGCGCCUGCUUCACCGUCGCAAGAAAAGGAUCAUAGGUGGAAACAAGUCUCUAAGAGGCAGUUGGCCAUGGCAGGCCUCACUGCGGCUGAAGGGUUUUCGUCGAGAUACUCGUCUGCUGUGCGGAGCAACGCUGAUCAGCAGCUGCUGGGUGGUGACUGCAGCUCACUGCUUCAAAAGGUUUGGUGUUGAUGUGCGGCGCUACCUCCUGCGCGUGGGCGAUUACCACACAGGUGUGAAGGAUGAGUUUGAGAGGGAGCUGCCCGUGGAGCGGAUUGUCCUGCACAGGAACUACUGGGCUGGCAGCAAUGACAAUGACAUAGCCCUGGUCCGGAUGCGGGGCAGAGAAGGGCACUGUCUCUCCUUCAAUCACCACGUUCUGCCCGUCUGCCUGCCUGACAGGAGAGAGAGGUCUGACAUCAACAGGCAAGCCUGCAUCAUCUCUGGCUGGGGAGACACAGGGAAGUCCUAUUCCAGAACCCUGCUGCAGGGGGUGGUACCCCUUCUCCCACGGGAAGACUGUGAGGCCCGUUAUGGGCGGAAGUUCACCAACCGCAUGAUUUGUGCUGGGAACCUCUCUGAAGACAAACGGGUGGACAGCUGUCAGGGUGACAGUGGAGGGCCACUCAUGUGUCAGAGAUCAAAUGGACGCUGGAUCAUCUUGGGCAUCACAUCCUGGGGGUAUGGCUGUGGUCGGAAGGAUUCGCCCGGUGUGUACACAAAGGUCAGCAAAUUCGUACCCUGGAUCAAGAAAGUGACCAAGCUAAAAUGAAAAUGACUGAGCUCUUGGAAUUUCAGCACAUGGUCCUUUUGCUCUGCAGCAGCAGAAGGCUGUGGCUCCUGGUCUGUGACUGAUGAAGAUUUAUUUUGACACUGGACACUGGCAAAAGAUUUUAAUGUAGAACUGGAAGGAAAGCACUUAUGACUGAUUCUUUAAAGUCUUUGGUUUCACUUUAGUCUGUAAUCUGUAAGCAGAGAAAACAGGUGCACAGUGGUAACAAUGAUCAGUAUACGUUGCUCUAAAUAUCUGAAUCCUUUAAUGCAAUCACACUUAUUCCUUUGCCCUGGCACACAGAAAUGGUAGAGGUAGAGAGAUACCUAUUGCUGCAAAUCUAUUCAUGAUUGUAUGUUUGGACAUUGAAACAUGCUGCAAGGAGAGGUGAAAUGCUUGGAAGACGGCACCACGUGCUGGCAUAGUGGAAAUCUUCAGAUUCUUUUUUUCGUAACAGCUCUCUUCAGUUCCAGGAAUCAGAAGAUUUGACCUGAGUUGAGGAACAGGCCAACAGUUAGGUUUUUUAGCUUCCCUGAUAUGUCUCUAGAGGGAACCUUUUCUCUUCUGAAUAGUACGUCUGCUCCCAUAGGAUCCCUUUCAAGUGUCUGCCUAGGCUAAGAGAUGCUUGUCCCUCCUGCUGUAAUCCUUUGUCACACAUUUCCAGCUGCCAGAUGCUGUGGUUUUAUUGCUGCUUUUUUGCUAUAGUAGUUUGUGUGUGUGGUUAGGCUUUUUUUUGUUUCCUCUACGUAGCAUGUUCUAGAAUCAGUUGUCGGUGUGAGAGGCAGUAGCUUUCUUGCCCUCCUGAUUACUAUGAAGAACUUAAAAGACUGACCUCAAGUGGCUGAAUAGACAUAUAAUUUUUCUUAGACCCAAAUGUAAUGUUAAUCUCAAACAUUCAGGCAUUGAAUCAUGAUUUAACGGCACUGUGGGGACUUCCUACUGGUCCCCUAUUCAUCAUAGUUAUUAGCUGCCCUUUGUUUGUGCUGCUAGUCUUUAGUAUUUCGCUGUUCACAGUUUUCCAUGAAACAUGGAAUUACUCCUGGGGUGUAGAUACACCUCAAGCAAAUUACUCACUCCUUGUGAAAAACAGUAAGUGUGCUGCAAAGCAGCUUCCCACUUUGGUUAAGUGUGUCCUUGAAACCUCUGGGCCAUGCUUCCUUUUUUCUCUUCUUUUCACUCUUUUCAUUCCUCUCAGUGGGAGUAAACUGGAUUAACUUGAGGGUAUGCAAGCACUAUCAUCAAGCUGUAGUUCUCAGCCUGAACAGAUACAAUGCUGAGAGAAAGCAGGGGUUAUUGAUAUUACAAUUUCUUCCUUCUGUCUCAUCCAAACAAAUGAACAGAGUUCCCUCU